UGAUGUACUACAACUUCAGUUGGUAUAAAAACUACCACAUCAGUACACAGACUUUUCACCCCUUUCUAUCUCUAGCUUUUCCCCCUUCAUCUUAUAACUGUCGAUAAGUAUUGCAUCCAACAAUGGUCUGGAGAAUGGAGAAGAAGGAGAUGAUACCGAGUAAGACUGUUUCGUUGGGACUGCUGAUAUUGGUUAGCCAGCUGCAGGUAAGUAUGGGAGCAGUGUACAAGGUAGGGGACUCGGCAGGUUGGACCAUUGCUGGUAGCGUUGAUUACAGACAAUGGUCUGCUCCUAAGACCUUUCAUGUUGGUGAUAUUAUCUUGUUUCAGUACAAUUCUCAGUUUCACAAUGUAAUGCAAGUUCACCAUGCUGAGUACAAGUCAUGCAACGCGUCUGCACCUAUUGUCACUCACACAACUGGGAACGACUCGAUCACAAUCACCUCCAAAGGCCACCAUUUUUUCCUCUGCGGUAUUCCUGGUCACUGCCAAGCUGGUCAGAAGGUCGACAUCAAUGUGCUUCGUGUAUCUUCCUCUAAGGCUCCCACUUCAUCUGCAACAUCUCCUUCUUCGCCGUCGUCAUCUCCAGCAGUCACAAUACUGCCCCCUUCCCUUUCUCCAAGUAAAGCAACUUCACUCCUUUUCUCCACCUGCAGAUUUGCUCAGCUUUUUCUAGCUGUUGCUGUCAUUGUUCUUCUUGUUUAAUGAUGUUUAGAAGCUGCAUUGAGGUUUAAUAGAUGCAUACGAGUUGGCUUAUUUACGCUGGAAAGUGUUUUCUCAUAA